UCAGCAGCAACAUUGGCUGCAGAGAAACGACUCGAGGGGUCUGAAGAAGUUGUUCAGUCUCAUAAAUACAGCUGUCCUAACCCCCCUACUGCACUUCUUCACCCUGUGAGACACAACUUGAAGCAGCGUGCUCGCUUUGUGUGUGUCACCAGGAGACACAGGUAAAACACACUCUAACCUGUGCUAUCUAACCAGGCUAGCUUGUGAGCUAACAGUGUGUUUAUUGGCUAAAAUGAACGGCCAUCAGAACGGUUUCCAUAACAACUCGCUCAUUGAUGAAGACUGCUUCCUCUUCACUUCUGAGUCAGUCGGAGAGGGACACCCCGAUAAGAUUUGUGACCAAAUCAGUGAUGCCGUGUUGGAUGCACACCUCAAACAAGACCCUGAUGCCAAAGUAGGAUGUGAGACUGUUGCUAAGACGGGGAUGAUCCUGCUGGCGGGGGAGAUCACCUCCAGGGCCAACGUUGACUACCAGAAGGUUGUCAGGGACACAAUCAAUCACAUAGGUUAUGAUGACUCCUCCAAAGGCUUUGACUAUAAGACCUGCAAUGUGCUGGUGGCUUUGGAGCAGCAGUCCCCCGACAUCGCUCAGGGUGUUCACCUGGAUCGAAAAGAAGAGGACGUGGGAGCCGGUGACCAGGGUCUGAUGUUUGGAUAUGCCACCGAUGAGACUGAGGAGUGUAUGCCCCUCACUAUUGUCCUGGCCCACAAGCUCAAUGCCAAGAUGGCUGAACUGCGCCGAAAUGGAACGCUGCCGUGGCUCCGACCCGAUUCCAAAACUCAGGUGACUGUUCAGUACAGACAGGAUCGAGGCGCCAUGGUGCCGCUGCGUGUCCACACUAUUGUGAUCUCUGUGCAGCACGAUGAGGUUGUAUGUUUGGAUGAGAUGCGCAAACUUCUGAAAGAGCAGGUGGUGAAAGCGGUGGUUCCCAGUGGCUACCUCGAUGAUGACACCGUGUACCACCUGCAGCCCAGUGGACGCUUUGUCAUUGGAGGACCGCAGGGUGAUGCUGGUCUGACUGGGCGUAAGAUCAUUGUCGAUACCUACGGCGGUUGGGGCGCCCAUGGAGGUGGAGCCUUUUCUGGGAAGGACUACACAAAGGUGGAUCGCUCGGCUGCAUAUGCUGCCCGCUGGGUGGCCAAAUCUCUGGUGAAAGCUGGGCUCUGCAGGCGUGUGUUGGUCCAGGUAUCCUAUGCUAUUGGAAUUGCCCAUCCGCUCUCCAUCUCCAUCUUCCACUAUGGGACCUCCCAGAAGAGCGAGCAGGAGCUGCUGGACAUUGUGAAGAAGAACUUUGACCUCCGUCCGGGAGUCAUCGUGAGGGAUCUUGACCUGAAGAAGCCGAUCUAUCAGCAAACAGCAGUUUAUGGUCACUUUGGACGCGACAUGUUUUCAUGGGAGGUGCCCAAGACGCUGAAAUACUGAACCCCCUCCACUAAUCUCCAAGCGGGCCUUAGGUGUACUACAGAUAAACCUGUGUCUGUCUACCUCCCUCCCCCCACCCCCUUCCUCCUCUUCACACACACACACACACACACGCACACACACACACACACACACAUACACACAGCCACAUCACCACAGCCUCUACUUCAUGAAAAAAAAAUGCCCUUUCUCCACCUGUUAGUAUUGUACACAUCUCUAUGAGAUAACAAAAGUAUUUCAGUCGCAGAUAUUAAGUUGAACAAGCAUGUGCGUACAGAUUUGAGCAGUGCUGCCAGCUUUUGUGACACUGCUAGUUAAGAGAGGAUUAAAUUCAAUCUCUGCAGUGUAUAUUUAAACCAUAUUUAUAGCAGAUUUCCAAAACGACCCUAUGGAUAUUUACCAGUACUGAUGGUGUUUUGUAAGACAUUUCUCUCUUUUAAAUUCAUAAUCUCACAGUUGUUUAAGUGAUCAGUGGUUGGUGGUUGGCAUGCCAUUUCCCAUUUCACCAAGCUUUGUUGGGUUAAUGGCAGUUUAGCAUCGCAAAAACACCCUCACCCUGUCUGUUUUUGAAAUUUUGAUGGCACAAAUGGGGGUCCAACACUUGUCAAUUUGAUAUAAAAUCUGCUCAUUUCCUUAUUUGUGCCAAGGCCUAUAGAAAGGAGGCUGGGUCACGCGUCAACGCGUCACAUCUUUGGGGGUUUAACACAUGCGCAGUAAAAUCUGGCCUGCAGUCGCCAAAAUUGAGCCAAUCGCAAUGCACGAACGUAGCUUCAGUUACACCGCGCACGUGUUAUACCCCAUACCCCAAGACCCAUGUUUGCCUGUGACCCAGCCUCCUUUCCAUAGGCCUUGAUUUGUGCUGUCCCUUCAGGCCAUUCUUUUCCUGACGUUUUACAGAGAAGUCAGAAGCUGCUAAUGACCUUGUGGUUAUGUUGGGCUGCGCCAUGAAAUCACUCCCUUUUUUCUGUAAUUUAUUUUGUUGGUUUAAAUCUCAUGUGAAUGUUCCAAAUAAUGUUAAAUGUGUAAAUUUUCUACUGACCAAGAUAAGGCGAGGUACAUUCCCCCCUCCUCCCCUCCUGAGAGUGACCCUGGGUGUAGCUACAGAGAAACCCAGCUCAGUUGCCUCAGGGCAGGGGCUGCCGUCAUCGUACUUUAAUGUAUAGAAUGCCGUUUGACUAUUGUGGGACCUAACAGUUUGACCAUCAAACUGAAUAAUGUGUGCCACAAGUUUUUUUUGUUUUUUUUUUAUCUUUAAAAUUGUUUUCCGCUCAGUCGCACAUGUCUAGGGUCAUGACACCUUCAGUCUCAACCUGCACACACUGUGAAAGGUGGAUUUGCAUGGAAGAACUUGAAGAGUAGAGCCAAAGACAAAGGGAUAAGAGGCAGCACACAGUCGGCUUAGUGAAUGUAAGACAUGGUAUUACUGCUCUCGUCCUCUCAGCAGAGUUAGUUUUGUGCACAUGAGGGCGUGGGAUCAGAGUAUGUUACCGUUAUAUUUGUGGAUUUUGAAUCUUCCACUGGACUUGCACAGCACAUUGGUUCGUAGAGUUACCACAAGUGGGAAAAGGCCUCUAUUUUCAAUGUACAGUAGUUACAAAAUGAAUGUUGAGGUUGCAGCUGAAGCUUUUUAUUUAACUUAUUUAUUUGUUUUUAAAAACAUUCUUUACACCAUACCCCACGGGUCAUGGAUGGCACAACACAAGUCUGAUUUUUUUUUUUUUCCUGAUUUGUACACUUGAAAUAACCCGGAUUUGUCACGUUUGCCCCCCUCCUUGUCCUUUCUUAAGACGGUUUUGUUGAGAGUUUAGUGUAGAAAUGCAGAUAAAGUGAGAAAAGAUGAGUCGGAGGGGUCCCGAGAAGUUGUGAAUACACAGUAUAUGCCUUUGAAUGCUUCUCCUAUCUUCACAAUACAGUUGCAGAGAUGAGGCUAAGCCAGCUGUAAGCUUGAGGGAGGUUGGUAUUCACCUUUUUAAAAUCCACAGUUGGUACUUGGUCUGAGCUGUGUGUGCAGUUAGUGUGUUUAAAAAUGUCCUCAUCGUGUAGCUAGGUGGCACUAUGUCCUCACAUAUAAUACAGAUUGUUUUCUACUCAUGGUAAUAAUGAUAUCUCGUCCUUAGUUUGGCUCCUGAAACACCACCUGGUGGUUCUUUGAGUGUACUGCAGAGAAACCUCAAAUAGGAGCCAAUAGAGUGGUGCUGAGAGCAUUUCUAGAUUCUAGAUGAAACAACUCAACCUCCCAAAGAUUUUUUUUAUUUUUUUUUUUACAAUAUGUUCGCAUCCUCUAGCUCAUCCACAGACGAGACAAAUGAUUGGUUGGUGUUGUACAGAGAAACCAGCCUGUUUACAUGGUCUCCUGUGGGGGGUGUUGAUGAGCAUUUUUUCUCUGUUAAAUCAUUUUUCAAAUGAUUACAAGUUAGUCUGUUAGUGUGGUUGCUGAAUGUGUAAAAGUGCCUUUUGCUCAUUUUCUGCAAUGCCCCUUUCCCUUUCCCCCAAAUAUCCUCCCCCCAGUUUCUACCCCGGGGUUGCAAAAUCCCGCUCUCCAACAAUUCACACUGAGGAGUCUGAUUUGUUGUUGAGUUUCUCUUUCAAUCCAUUUAAAAAAAUAAACUGCACUCUUCCUUGUGCUCAUUGGCUGUGA